CGCGUUGUGAUUCAGUUGCGUCGCGUCAACGCUGUACGGAGAAGCGCUCUGACCAGACACGUUGCAUGAGCUGAACGGGACUGCCUCUGGAAAACGAUUUAACUUACGAGCUACAUAUUGUUCAUUUGCGGGAAUAUCUAACCAAACAUAAUGGUUUAAGAUGAUUGCACUGUUGAACAUGAAGUUUACGAAGCUAAUUCUGUUCCGUGAAUUGGGAAUCGCCUGUCUUGUGCUGAUAAGCGCUGUGUGGUGCUCCGUUUCUGAGAGGAAAGUAUGUCAGGGAACCAAUAAUAAGCUGACUCUGCUGGCACAGCCAGACGAUCACUACAGAGCCAUGGUGCGGAUGUACAGUAACUGCACAGUCGUGCUGGAGAACCUGGAGAUAACCAACGUUCAGGAGUACCACGACCUCUCCUUUCUCAGAAGCAUUGAAGAAGUCGGUGGCUACGUGCUAAUAGGAAUAAACUAUGUGGAUGUGAUACCCCUGGAAAACCUGCGCCUCAUUCGAGGACAUUCUCUCUUCGAUGGCAAGUACGGCCUUGCUGUGGUGGCAAACUUCCACAGGAAUGAGUCUGUAGAGAACAACAGCAUCAUCAGCGGCCUCCAAGAGCUAGGUCUGAGAAGCCUCACAGAAAUUCUUAAAGGUGGGGUUAAAAUAGCCCACAAUCCUUUGCUGUGCAAUGUGGAGACCAUACAGUGGUUGGACAUUGUGCAGGAUGACAGUGACGUGAAUGUGUCGGGAGGGACUGACCCUCAGUGCAGACGAUGUGACUCAGGGUGCUUCAAUGGAUCGUGCUGGGCUCCAGGACCAGAGAACUGCCAGACCUUUACUCGGCUGAACUGUGCCGAGCAGUGCUCACGGAGGUGCAAGGGUCCCAAGCCCAUCGACUGCUGCAGUGAACAUUGCGCUGCAGGCUGCACCGGACCCCGACCAACAGACUGUCUGUCCUGCAGAGACUUCCAGGAUGAUGGGACGUGCAAGGAUGCGUGUCCACGUCUUAUGCUGUACGACCCCAACACUCACCAACUUGUUCCCAAUCCUAAAGGGAAGUAUAACUUUGGAGCCACCUGUGUGAAGAAAUGCCCUUAUAACUUUGUGGUGACCGAUCAUGGUUCCUGCGUUCGAACUUGCAGCAGUAACAUGCAUGAAGUGGAGGAGAACGGAAUAAGGAAGUGCAAACAAUGUGAUGGCUUGUGCCCGAAAGUCUGUAAUGGUCUUGGAACGGGAGCGCUUGUUAACACCAUCGCAGUCAAUGCGACCAACAUUGACUCAUUUAUCAACUGCACCAAAAUAAAUGGGCACAUUACAAUAAUGCAGAUGACUUUUCAAGGGGAUGUUUUCACAAAUACUCCAAGCAUGGACCCUGCAAAACUCGACUAUUUCAAAACAGUGAAGGAAAUUUCAGGGUUUCUGUUAAUCCAAGACUGGCCUGAACACCUCAAUUCCCUCAGUCCCUUUGAAAACCUGGAGAUCAUCAGAGGAAGAACUAAACAACAUGGCACCGUCAGUUUUGCAGCUUUGAACAUACCACACCUGGAUCAUCUCGGCCUCCGUUCGCUGAAGGAGAUCAGUGAUGGCGACGUGGUGAUCAAGAACAACCCCCGCCUCUGUUACGUUGAAGGCAGCUACUGGCCGAAGCUGUUCAGAUCAGUGAACCAGCGCAUACGAACUGGAAACAAUGCAGCAAUGGACAGCUGUGAGCAGCAGAACAGUACCUGUGAUAGUAUGUGUGGAGAGGAAGGCUGCUGGGGUCCAGGGCCGUCCAUGUGCGUGUCCUGCCAGCAUGUCAGCCGUAGGGGGCGCUGUGUCAGCCACUGCAACUUGCUGGAUGGAGACCCCCGUGAAUACAUGUCAGAGAAUGUGUGUUUGGAAUGUGACCCUGAAUGCAAGAUCCUGAAUGGGACGCCAAGCUGCCAUGGGCCGGGAGCUGAUCAGUGUACUGAGUGUGCUCACUUCAAAGAUGGGAUGCACUGUGUGGCACAGUGUGCCCAAGGUGUGCAAGGCCUUAAUAACAGACUUGUCUGGACAUACCCAGACAAAAAGGGACAGUGUCAGCCAUGCCAUACCAACUGCACGCAAGGGUGUGCACAACCAGGACUGGAAAGUUGUGACAGAGGCUCUCACAUGCCUGUCGUGGCGGCUGGCAUUGUUGCAGGCAUGCUGCUGAUUAUGGUCCUCGUCCUUUUCAUCUUCAUCAUCUUCCGCCGAAGACACAUCCGACGAAAGAGGACCUUACGCCGCCUGCUUCAAGAAAGAGAGCUGGUUGAACCGCUGACUCCCAGUGGUGAAGCGCCCAACCAGGCUCUCCUUCGCAUCCUGAAGGAAACAGAACUGAAGAAAAUAAAAGUCCUUGGGUCUGGAGCAUUUGGUACUGUUUUUAAGGGUUUGUGGAUCCCAGAGGGUGAGGAUGUGAAAAUUCCUGUUGCUAUCAAAGUUUUGAGAGAGGUUGCAUCUCCCAAAGCCAACAAAGAGAUCUUAGAUGAGGCCUAUGUGAUGGCCGGUGUGGAUCACCCUCACGUGUGUCGUCUGUUGGGAAUAUGCCUCACGUCCAACGUCCAACUCAUAACUCAGAUCAUGGCUUUCGGCUGCCUGCUGGAUUAUGUUCGAGAGAAUAAAGACAAUAUCGGCUCACAGACUCUGUUAAACUGGUGUGUGCAGAUCGCCAAAGGAAUGAACUACUUGGAAGAGCGUCACCUGGUUCAUCGUGAUUUAGCGGCCAGGAAUGUGCUGGUGAAGACUCCUAACCAUGUGAAGAUCACUGACUUUGGCCUGGCCAGACUCCUGGGUGCAGAUGAGAAGGAAUACCACGCUGACGGAGGGAAAGUGCCUAUAAAGUGGAUGGCACUAGAGUCAAUUCGUCACUGGACUUACACUCAUCAAAGUGAUGUUUGGAGUUACGGGGUCACUGUGUGGGAGCUGAUGACAUUUGGAUCCAAACCGUACGAUGGAAUCCCAGCCAGAGAGAUUGCAGAUAUCCUGGAGAAGGGAGAGCGUUUGCCACAGCCGUCCAUCUGCACUAUAGAUGUCUAUAUGAUCAUGGUCAAAUGCUGGAUGAUUGAUGCUGACAGCAGACCUCACUUCCGUGAACUUGUGGCAGAGUUUUCAAAAAUGGCCCGAGAUCCAUCUCGCUACCUUGUCAUUCAGGGAGAUGAUCACAUGUUCCAGUCCAGCCCGACGGAUUCGAAGUUCUGCAUGUCGUGGAUCAGUACAGAAGAUAUGGAUGGUGUGGUAGAUGCGGAGGAAUACCUGCUGCCCAACAAACGAUUCUUCAACCAAUCACUACCACCACCAACGCCUCAGUAUCACAACGCAGCAGACAACUACACGAAUGGUGUGAUGUUACGCUACAUUACAGACCCCACACUUAAGGACCUCAUGCUGCCAGAGUACAUUAACCAGGAUGUGUCCACAACAAGCAAUAUGAUAAACCCAAACUAUGAGGGUCCGGCCCGUGGACAGACAGAAAACGGAUAUAUAGACACGUACAGCUGUAAACCUGAUGGGCCGGAGUACCUGAACACCUCCUGUGCUACUCUACCACGCUCCCCCAACGCCAACCUCGAUAACCCUGACUACCAGCACAACUUCCUGCCCUCGUCCAACACUGACGUUCUUUUCCUCCCUGCGACGGAGAACUUACACUACCUGGGCCUCAGCACAGCCAUGCAGUCUCACGUACGUUAGAUCGACGGGAUGGAAGGAUGAAUCACACUGCUUGAACUUCUGUAAGUGUUAGUAUUGCAGCUAGUUUAAGAACAGUGAGGACGUCAGGUCUGGAUAUGCUUGAAGGCGACUGCCACAGUUAACUCGUUCUUAAAGAGGGUGUGGUUGUGAGACAUGAAACUGAGAGUAAUGUGUUGAAUGUCAAGCUAGAGCACAUUUCAGUAUUUUUAUGUAAUAGUUGAUGCUUUCGAUGAAUGUUGUUGUCUGAUGUAGCUUAAUUUAUUGAACCAAAACUUAAUUGAGCUGUUAAUACUUCAUAGAGUUAAACUGUUGUCAUUUUUACUCUUAUUUUGUAAUUAACCUUGGGUAGUACAGUAUUUGUAAACCAUGAGUUUACAAACCAAAUAAGAUGGAAUUGGACAAGUGCAGCAUGUGACAAUCACAUGACCCAUUUAAAAAAAAAAUUUUUUUUAAUAACUUCUUGUCUGUGAAAAUAGCCGCUUGGAAAAGUCAGCAUGAAACGCCACUCGAGUCCCAACCCCAAUUUUACUUCCACGAUAUACAGCGUGCAAAAAGUUUGGGGUUAGUAUGUAUCAAUUAUUAUUAUUCAUUAUAAAUUAUUAUUUAUUAAAUCUCACACCUUGGACUUUUUUCCUUAUAAUUCAGUUAUCUCAUGAUUCAUAUUUUUUUUCUUGCAGUUCCUUUUCUCUAAAUUCUGGGUUUAGAUCUCGUUUUUUUGAAUUGAUAAUAAUCAGAAAUGUUUCUUGAGCAGUAAAUCAGCAUAUUAGAUUAAUUUAUGAAGGAUUAUGUGGACUGGAUUAAUGAUGCUGAAAAUUCAGAUUUGCAUCACAGGAAUAAAGUACAUUUUAAAACAUAUUCAAAUAGUAAACCAUUAUUUUAAAUUGCAAUAAUAUUUUGUAAUAUUACGGUUUUAUUGCA